CCUGCAGGAGAUGUGGCCAUGGGAACAAGCAAGUCUCACCCACUGGCAAUGGUAUAAAACCAGGGUGUUUUGGAAAAAGUGAUACUCCCUGAUCUUAACACAUCCAGGUGCAAGUGGUUCCUGAUUGGAUUGUUACAGCCUGUUGUUGGCUUGGUGAGCUCUGAACCAACACUUUCUACAGCCUUGUGAAGACCCGGGACAGGCAUCAGCCAUGCGGAUCCUGUACCUGCUCUUUCCCUUGUUGCUCCUGUUGGCCCAGGGUGCUGCAGGAUCCACCCUGGCUCCAGGAAAUAAGAAACAAUGUCUUCGAGAAAAGGGUUUCUGUGGAUUUCUGAAGUGCUCUUUCCCCUUUGUCGUCAGUGGAAAAUGUUCAAGAUUUUUCUUUUGCUGCAAAAAGUAA